AUGGCCACCGACAUCUUAGCCAUGUCUAUUGACAAGAAAACAGAUACAGGCAGCAAGGCCAAACAAAGGGCAGUGUUGUACACUGUAGUGUGGGGUGCUGAGGCUGAUAGCUAUUUGGGAUGCUACAAAAAAUCAAAGCCGUUUCCUUCUGCGGGGAAUUAUAACACCUCUACCAUCAAUCCCACAAUAUGCAAGACGCAGUGUGGUACCUUAGGCUACAAAAAUGCUGUCUUAUUCGCUGGAAAGUACUGUCUGUGUUCAGACACACUCCCGCCGGUGUUAGUAACAGACGACAACUGCACUGACGUCUGCCCUGGCGCUAUUUCCGGUGAGACGUGCGGUGGCCCAUCACAUUACAGUAUCUAUCGCGCCACAACGGAGAUCCGUGGUUUGGCGGUGACGACAGGGGAAUUUCUUGUGGGUGCCCCUGGGAUAGUACGGGCAACGGUGACAGAAGGCAACGUUUCCUACCGUGUGGACUUUGGUGACGGUGCAGGGCUUUCGGAGUGGAGUGCCACAGGUGUUUUCAGCAAGACCUUUGCACAAGCGGGAAGCUAUGUUGUUAGAAUGUUUGCGAGCGAUAGAAGUGGAACACCUGAGGAGAAGACCGCUGCCGUUGCUGUAUCUGUAUCGGUACAAGAGCCUGCUGCUGGGGUUCAACUGUCCUGUCCACCAGUCUCAGUGUCCUGGGACGUGGCUUGUUGUAACGCCUCCAUAGCAGCGGGGAGUCAGAUGAAAGUAACUGCUGACUAUGGUGAUGGAUCAAACGAGUCCUUCUCCGUUGCCGAACCUAGGCGCAGAAGCGUUGGUCCUGCAGUACCUGUGGAUGGUUCCACCCUGACCAAUUCUUCAUCUGGCGUUCACAUUAUGCCUCAAUCAGAAAUAUUGGAACCCGGUACCAUAGUCAACUUUGAGUAUUACGCUGGCAGUCCUGGGGAUGUGGACUUCUUGGUGCUGAGACCUUCCUGUCCUGGUGGCCAACAAUACUGUUGCUCAGCCAACAUCUGCAAUGCAACGUGUGACACCACGCCCUUUCAACACAGUUGUCCAGCGUUGUUCUCCGCGGUCCGCGCCUGCUGUAUCUCCACCCCUGGGGGAAGUUGCACUGAACCUGGCCGCUCUUCACUUCCCAUAGCGGCCGCUUACAAAGUUGUGUACGUCAUGUCGCAUACGAUCAGCUCUGGUGGGUACGGAUUUGCAAGUGCCACUGGGUCAUUUGAGGCGGCGUGUGGUGAUGUCAUAGGGUAUGUGAACCGUGGAGGCAGCCUGGUGACUCGGCCACUCUUCCCAGGAGAAAAAUCUGACCUGAAACGCACUAACGCAACGGCUAAUCUUAACGAGGUAAUAGACACGUCCAGUGACGUUCACCCACCAGAUGACCACCGUCAUUAUCUCCGUGCCGCGACCAGUCGGCCCUCUCUUGUCCGGCUUUGCCACUCCUACCGUGCCACUGGGAACUUCACCACAAACCUGACGGUCACCAAUAAAAUGAUCCCAAAUGCAGUGCACCUGACGGCAACUACAGAGGUCUUGGAUGGAAUUAACGAAACCGUCAUCAUCGGCCCGGAAUACGUCCAAACUGGGGUACCUAUCACUUUCGAACUUACACCCCAUACAGGUCAACCGCUCACCUACCAAUGGACGAUCUCUAAUGGCAACACCGUAACAGUUUCCGAGCCGACAUUUGUGCAUACGUUCAGUCUGUCCGGGACGUACAAUGUCACCGUGCGGGCAUUCAAUGCUCUGACAGACAAGACCAACUUUACGGUGGUCACAGUACUUGAUCCGGUCACAAGUGUUCACGUCUCCACAGAUUCUCACGGCGAGAUGUUUAAAGCCCACGGCAUCACCUUCAACACAACCGGAGGCACUGAUUAUAAAUGCACGAUUGACUUUGGGGACAGUACUACGCCGGAGACUAUUUUGGGGUCUGCUGCUUUGUUGACGGGGGCUAGCAUCUCGCAUAUGUACAAUACGUCGGGUAUUUUUGUCGUCAACGUUACUUGUUUUAAUUUGGCCAGUAGCGUCAGCGCCACAGCGACCGUCCUACUGGGAGAGGUGGUAACGGGACUGCGUCUGCUGAAAGAGGGAGGGGGAGUUAACCAGCUUCACUAUAUCGAGUUUGAAGUCGCCACUGGAACUGACCUAGAGUUUGAACUUUUCAUCAAUGGUACUCAGUAUUCGGUUGAAUACAAUGCUCUUUCUAAACAGGGCCGCUGGGCUAGUCCCAUCCAAAGUCCCUCGGUCACGGUGACAAAUGUGACGUUGAGAGCAUUUAAUGAUUUUAGCCAGGACGUGAUUAGUGUGGAUUUCACCAUAGACGAAGCGAUAAUGUAUCCAACUCUUGUCAGCAGCAAUCUGUACGCUCUGGUUGAGGAUGAAGUGUUCUUCACAUUGAGGAUAGAGGGCGGCACCAGUGUCAAACUAGAAUUUGACUUCAAUGAUGGCACAACGUUCUUGUUCACUACACCACCAAGAUCUUCUUGGAUAGAGGCUGUCCCGACGCAAGAGAUAACCCGUAACCAUUCUUUCUCUCGUGGAGGCACGUAUUCCGUAACAGUGACGGUCUACAAUGGAGUGGGCAACCACACACUUACAAAAGAAAUCCACGUCCUCACCCCCAUUGCUAACGUAAGCUUGUCCACCAACAGCCCUGUAUCUUUCCUCCUAACGGGCCAGUGUGACAUUUUCGUGUCACAGACAGGUGGCGAUCCAAUUGCGGGUGCUCAGAUUGAAAUUAAAUAUGGAGACGGUACAGAUCCUGUGCUCCAGAACUUUGUGGUAGAUCAAGUAUACCGACAUCAAUACCAAGCCAAGGGUGCCUACGAUUUGCGCGUGAACGUUAGUAAUCUGAUGAGUUCCAUGGUGCUGAAUGCAGCCAUUGAGGUGUUUGAACCGGUUCAGGAUAUGCGCCUGUCCUCUGAGCCCGCCCACGCCACCGUUAACCAGCCAAUCACACUGAAGAUCAAAAUGUACAGAGGCGAACGCGUCAGGUUCUAUGUUCACUUUGGGGAUGACGCUACUGUACAUGAAUUUGACAGACAAGGUGUAAGGUCUGAGGAUGAAGACCUUCUCGACCACACGUAUACAUAUGUGGGGAACUACACCAUAACCGUAACAGCCACUAGUCCCCUUGGUAACACUACAAAGACCUACUACAUUGCUGUACAACACCCCGUCAUUGAGAGCGACUUUAGUGUUUCCUCAUCUGCUCCUACUUUGGGAAGCUCUGGUUAUGUUGACAUCACGGUGGUGUUCGCGGGCAGUACUGUGCCCACAGAGGCCGCUAUUACCGUCCUGUGGGGGAGAGGAGGGCAGGCGUACACCCCUUUGGACUGCAGUACCUCUCCCUGCACACGAAUUCUCCCCAGGCCCGUGAACUCGGGGGUUUACUCUUGCACAGUUAUCAUCUCCAACUUAGCUACCAGUGUGCAGUUCUCCGUGGAUACAAGUCUUUAUGAAGAAAUAACCUGGAUAUCUGCCAAAGCGAUGUAUCAGCCAUUUAUACCGAUAGGUGGCCCAGACAUCGAGGGGUUUGGCGGAGACACGUUUCCGCUGACAAGGGACGUUAAGUUCUACAUCAAUAACACCGGCAUCGUUGAAAAAGUCGAUAUCACUGCUUACACAGAUGACAUAAGUCAUGUCGUCCAAUGUGUCAAGUCAGAUAACCCGCCGGCAGUGCUGUUCCCAGCGGUUGGUAGUUAUACAGUGAAUAUAACUGCCCAGAAUCCAUUCAGUGCAGCGAGCACCGCUCUCAACAUUAACAUCUUUGAACCUGUAGAGAUCUCUGAUAUCUACGAUGAUGGCAGAGUGCGUGCGCCAGGAGAGAACAAAACUGUAGACAUCCUUCUGAAGUCAAGGGGCACAGACUCCUGCGUUUACAUUGAAUUCGAUGGGAUUCGAUUUGCUUCGUUCGGCUCCCGAGCGAGAUGUGCCUCGGUCGGAAAUACAACUUACAAGGGCGCCAUAACCAGUAGCUUGAUUUCAGUCACCACGACGUUUGAGGAAAGCGGACGGAAGCAGAUGGUCGUGCACGGAUUUAAUGAAUGGUCCAACGAAACCCGUACGUUCAGUUUUACUAUUUCCUAUAUAGACUGUGUACCUCCAUAUGUCCAGAUUUCCCAACCAGCUCCUGAUUUCUUCAAGCCGAGGAUCGAAUAUAAAAGUAGCUAUUUUAACCUUCAGGGGAUAACUGAAGUCAACUGUGGGGUUACUUUGCGCAAUUCCAAACAGUGGACUGCUCAUCAAGUCGACGAGAGAACAGGAGAUAUUAUAAGAGAAAUAACAUUAGAUGAGAUAUCUUCGGCAAAAGAAGCCGAGAUUGCAUUAAAGCCUCAUUUUCUAGAUUACGGUGUCUUCAAAUUCUCUUUUACAACCCGAAUGCUUUUGGACCAGUCUUCUGGUAACGACGACUUUUCGAACUCCGCAUUCACAUACGUAAGGGUGAUGGAAACUCCUAUCGUUGUUGCGGCUAUUGAUCAAGUUUCCAGUAAGAUUCGUCUGGGACAUGGUAGAAUUCUGACAUUAAAACCCGGCACUUACUCAAAAGACCCGGACCUGGACCCAGACAAACCUCAGAACUUCACUGGAUUCGAAUACCUGUGUCGGCAAGUCGGAGAGAAUUUCAAAGUUCCUGCUGGGGGCUUGGUACCGUACGAUGUCUUACGAAGGAACAUUAGCGAUCAAGGGGACCCCGCAAAUGGCACUAACUUAGGUGGAUGUUUUGGGGAUGGACCAGGUUUUAUCAACGGUUCAUCAGGGGAGUUAAGUAUUAACACCACCGAUGUGAGAAUAAACACAACUUAUGAGGUCUUUGUGGUCGCAUAUAAAGGGAGCCGAAAGGGAUACACCGUGUUACUGGUAGACAUUGUGGAAGGCGAUCCUCCAGAGGUCGCUAUAAGGUGCGGUGUUGGGGAUACAGUAACAUGUAGCCCUGCCAUGAACAGUCAAGUGGUCCCCUGGCGUUCGCGAAUCGCUCUCACCAGUGAAUGUUUAUAUGGUUGCUAUGGUGGUAAUUUACAUUAUGAAUGGGAUCUCGAGGUAGAAAGCCAAGAGGGAGAAUUCACCAUUUGGCAUAAGAUUGCUGCUCCUGAAAAUUAUUUUGACAGCCAUAACGGAAGCUCGUCCAGUACUAUCAGUAUAAAGGCAGACAUAUUCACCGUCACAACCAACGUCACCAAGAUAAGGGUAAAACUGGAAGCCAGCAGAAUCGGCUCCUCGCGGAGUGGUCUGGCAGAACUUGUUCUUAAAGUGAACCCCCCACCGCAGGGCGGUUAUUGCUCAGCAGGACCAAAUAUAUCGGAGGCCACUGCAGCAAAGAAUUGGACUGUAAAUUGCACCAACUGGCAUGACAACGAUGGAAUAGCCUCAUACACUUUUUACACAAUACUGGACGGCUCCAGCGAUCCCAAGAUACUAGGUAUGAAGACCACGGGUUUGCUCCAAACCUCCAUGCCACUAGGUCCAUCUUCCCACGAUUACUGGAUGACAGUCUACGUCAAUAUAUCGGACACUAAAGGCAGCACCACAAACGUGGAAGCAGGCCGGAUACAGGUGAACCCAGUGUCUGCAUCAGAGGCUUCAGCUUUGUGUGACAGGCUGUCUGCUCCUGGUGACCAGAAUCCGUUGUCAGAAAUAGAGGCCAACGGCAACCUGGACGACACUGCACAGUCAAUACUGUCAUGGGCAUCGAUUAUUAACAGUCAAGGAUGUAUCGGGGAUGAAGGCGCAGGAACGGGAACGGGGACAUCGGCUCAGAAUAGAACCGAUGAAGAAAAUGAAAACAUUCGUCAAACUGGCGCUGACAUCCGGAAGCAAAUGAUAGCUGCAAUAAAUGCAACCCCUUCAGAAACACCUAGUCAGGUGAUAAUCAAAGCUAGCACCCUGGCCCCCGUGCUGAGCAAACCCUCUGAAAUACACCGAGAAAGUCAAGAAGUCGUCGUGGAAGUCAUCCAAUCUUUUGUCAAAUGCCUCGAAGAUUUCUCAGAAGACUUGACAAUAGAGGAGACUGUUACAUUAGUUAAUUUAAUUCUUGGUACCAUGGGAAACAUCCUGGAGACAACAACGAUUCAUCUCCAAAAUCCAUUAAAGAAAGAUGUUGAGGAAUCUCUGAAAACUGCAUUUUACAACACGGACUUGGAGGACACUAAGUUAAAAAACAUAGAUGGAUUGUCAGCGAAGGAUGCCGUGAACGGUUUUGCAAAAAUGACAAACAAUGACAACCAAAAGGAAGUGGCAGAUGGUGCUUGGACAAAGAUGACGAAGAGUAUGGACAGUGUUCUGAGUGUCUUCUCAAAUAAGAUGGUCCUCGGGGAACCGACGUACACCCUAGAGACUCCGGACAUGACGGUGAUACUAGUGAAGAGUACCGCCACUGACCUCGAAAAUCUGGACCAACCCUUGGUCAAUUUUCACCCGGGGUCAUUGGCAGGGUUGGAUGGAGGUGACGGUCUGUCUUUACAGAUAGUAGAAUUCAAUUUCAACCCAGUCGAGUUCCUGGAGAGCAGUGUCAGUGCCUUGGUCUCUAACGUCUCCAAGGGCGUCUACAUAGACAUCCUGGAUAAUGCAAGCAGGAUAGUAGAAGUAUCCCACACCCAGGAACCCAUAGAGAUCAUGGUGAAGAGGGACCACACGGCACCGAUCCCUGAGCCUUUCUAUGUCACUGCGUCACAAAGUCCAAUGAGUAAAUAUGACAGGUUAUCCUACAGGUCGCUGUGGGUGAACGAGACAGACGUGUCCCUUCAUAUUGAGAUCGUCCCUGAGGAACAGGUCACCUUCCUUGUGCUUGUCAGGCACGAGACGGCGCCACAGCUUGAAGAGGGGGGCUUUGACGCUUGGCAACUCGUCCCGAGCGUUCGAUUAGCCAAGAACGGCAUGGCUUUGAAUAGCUACGAGGUAUUUAUGGACAGUGUGGGCAACAAAACAGGAAAAUACUUCAUCGGCCUGAGACAGCUACUGCCCAAUGAGACGGACAUGUAUGGGACAGACUGGGCUGACUUUCAAGGAAAUUUCACGCAGCCGUUUACUGGGGUGAACGAGAUCACCACUAACUACACCAUGCGUGUCUACACCUCUUCAUGUUUAUUCGUCAAGCGGCUAGCGCCGAAUCUUAGAAAAGAUGGAUGUGUUGUCGGCAAUGCAACCACACAUGACGUGACCCAGUGUCUGUGUAACCAUCUUACCACGUUCCUUGGCGGCUGGGUUGUUAUGCCGAACACUAUUGACUGGAACUUUGUGUUCUCGGGAGCAGCUUCCUUCGAUAAAAACGCAACCCUUUACAUUACUGAAAUCAUCAUAGGGGUCAUAUACAUACUGAUGGCAAUUUGGGCAAGACGACAGGACAAGAAAGAUAUUGAAAAGUUGGGAGUCACUCCCCUACUGGACAACGACCCAAGCGCCCACUAUCUGUACGAGGUCGUUGUGUUCACUGGCUUGCGCAGGGAUGCGGGGACAGAAUCCAAGGUGUGUUUCAUUCUCUCUGGGGAGCACGACGAGACUGAUGUUCGUGUUUUGUCCGAUGACAAGCGUUCGGUGUUCAAGCGAGGUGCCGUCGAUCGUUUCUUGCUGGCGGUCACAAGACCCCUCGGUACACUUAACUACGCCCGGAUUUGGCAUGACAACUCUGGCAGGGGGAAAUUUGCGUCAUGGUACCUCAAGUAUUUCCUGGUCAUAGACCUGCAAACAAAAGAGAAGUACUACUUCAUAUGUAACCGUUGGUUUGCUGUGGAAGAAGAUGACGGCCAGGUUGACCGUCUCAUCCCGGUAGCCGGCAGAGAACAGAUGGCAGAGUUCGGACACCUCUUUACCAAGACAACACAGAAGAAUCUUGGCGAUGGCCAUCUGUGGUUCUCUGUCAUCGCUCGUCCAGCACAGAGUCGAUUCACUAGACUACAGCGAGUGUCCUGCUGCCUCUGUUUGUUAUUUUUGACCAUGCUGACCAGCGCUAUGUUCUAUGGUCAGGUUCCCGAAAGCCCGGGGGCCAAUGCCAUUACUUUUGGGCCAUUUAGUCUUUCUCCCGAGCAGAUUUUCGUCGGGAUAAUUGGAACUGUCAUCGUUUUCCCGGUGAAUUUAUUGAUCAUCACUUUGUUUCGAAAAUCUCGCCCGAGAAAGAAGCGCCCAUCUCGUAUUAAGGCGGCCAUGCAGAGAAAUGUCCUAAACCAGGGUAGCGCGUCUCUGAACUCCGCGGCUAUGUCCACAGAGACACUAAUUCACACCCAUACCCAUCCAGAGAAAAACCAAAUAGCUGACUGGAACAGGGGAGGCGCCUCCACCUCAACAGUGUAUACCAAUGUCUCAUUUAAGGCCCGUCCAGACACAUCCUUUUCUAGUGAAAUUGAAAAACUGGAAAAGUCGAUCACACAUCCCCACGAAGACUAUCUACAAACUGGCAAGAAAAAGAAGAAAUUUGAACUCCCAUGGUGGUGUAGAAUUGUUGCCUGGGUUAUCUUGUGGAUAUGUGUGUUUGGCGCCGCUGCUAUGGUAACUUUCUUCGGUAUUUCGUUCGGGGAUACAAAGGCUCGGAAAUGGAUUACGUCAAUGCUGAUUUCUUUUGUGACAUCAGUGUUUCUCACGGAACCAAUUAAGAUUUUCUUGUUGGCAAUAUUUUUCUCGAUGAUCAUCAAGAAGGUAGACGAGGACGAGGAGGAGGAGGAGGGACAAGAAGAUGAGGAGGAUCCUCAGUUGCAACAUGAUGAGCUGUUGUUGCACCCGCCAGACACUUACGGCGCCGCAAAACCAAGGAAGAUCGCCUACAAGCCACCCGACCCCACCCUUCUUGAACAGGCCCGUGAAAACCGCCUCAAAGAACUGAGGAUGUACGACAUUCUGCGGGAGAUUAUAUUCUAUAGUGUGUUUGUGUGGAUGCUGCUGGUGAUCAGUUAUGGAAAUCGUGAUCCAUACAAUUUUUACUUACGAGAACACAUGGAGAAUGAGUUUGUGUUUAAAGGCCAUACGACGAUCGACUUUACUAAGCUUCAAAACAGUACCCAGUUCUGGCUCUGGUACAGAGAGGGGCUGGCCCCAGCACUGCGUGCCCUGAACUGGUAUAACAACGAUUUCCCAGUAGGGCAAAGAGGGUUUCUGGCUGAUAGGGCUUGCAGAAUGAUGGGGUACGCCACCAUGAGGCAGGUCAGAGUGAAACCUGGCCAGUGCAAAGUAGAAGAUGUAAUCACGAAGUUCAUACCCGAAUGCAAUGACGCCUACAAUUUACUAUUGGAGGAUGAAAGUCCAUAUGGUGUGGGAUGGGUCCCGUUCAGUGGAUCAGCCACACACAAUAAUUCUGCGUUUGAGUACGAGUACCGUACGUCGUCUGAAUUAGACGGCUAUCCAUUCUACGGCCAACUGACCAUCUACGGCGGCGGUGGGUACUUAGCGCAACUGCGAGGAAGCUACCACAAAUUACUUGAGCUAGGGGAGCGCCUAGAGAGGGAAUGGUGGAUAGACAAGUACACGCGGGCUGUACUGAUCGAAUUCACAUGCUACAACCCUGGGGUGAACCUUUUCUCAAUUAACACCAUGGCUGUGGAGUUUCAUCAAUCGGGGGGCAUAGUGACCAACUACCGCUUUGAGCCAGUUAGACUUCUCAACUACGUCGGAUCUGCGGCAGCUUUUCAAAUAGCAUGCGAAAUUAUCUACUUUAUCUUUAUUUUCUUCUUUAUUUACAAGGAAUCCAAAAAAAUCUGGCAUUUGCGUUGCAGGUACUUUGCUGAAUUCUGGAAUUUGGUUGAAUUUUCUGUCAUCGGGUUUUCUAUUGGAGGAGCAGUGGUGUUUUUCUACCGCAUGAUUAUAACGAAUGCCCUGACGAAGACCUUUAAGAAGACACACGGGAAUGAAUAUACCAAGUUUCAAUAUGCUGGUUAUUGGAAUGAAACAUUUAGCUACAUGUUGGGAUUGCUUUGCUUCCUUGGUACCCUCAAAUUCCUUAAACUGCUGCGCUUUAACAAACGCAUGUCUUUCCUUGCAGCAACUUUGAAAGACGCUACAACGCAUCUUUUUGCCUUUUCUGUCAUAUUCUUUAUCAUCUUCUUUGCUUUUGUGCAAUUCUUCACUCUGGAUAUGGGACCAAAAGACUACAAUUUCGCAAACCUUCUCUUAGCCUCUGAAUCCCUGAUGCAAAUGAUGCUUGGGAAAUUCGACUUCUACCGUUUGGCCUCCACCAGCGAACUUGCGCCAUAUUUCUUCGUUCUCUUCGUCGUGCUUGUGACCUGGAUAACCCUCAAUAUGCUGCUGUCCAUCCUCAAUGAGAGUUUCACAGCGGUGAAGAACGAUCUGUCUAAACAGCCCAAUGAACACGAAAUGGUGGACUUCAUCGUGAACCGCUUCAAAACGUGGACAGGACUUGGAACGCCCUCCCCCAGCCUCCCCUCGGCACCCACACCGGAUAAGUUGAACAACGAGCUUCAAGAUGGUAGCGAGAAAGAUGCGUUGGAUGUCAGUCAUUUCCCGGAAAAGGUGGACAAAUUCCUGAACUCCAUCGGCCGCGUUUAUUUUGAUCUGUACACCGCCAGCGGGAAGGACGCAUUUAAGAAGAUGCUGAAGGACAACAAGCUGAAAGCCCGCGUUCAGCGAGGAUUUAGCAGGAAUUCCAGUAAUGAUGCCGAGGAGUUGGCGAUGCUAUGAACUGUGUGACUGAAAACAAGAAACAAGAGAUACAACAGCCCUAGAACGAAUCCGUCCAAAUGAAUAAGUUAAAGAGUUUAUGGGAGCCUUCUUAACGUGCUUCAGUUGCGCAAUGUGAUUAGUACGUGUUAAGCUAGCGAAGACGACAGCAUGACAGUGCGUCUGCUGAGACAGUUCUCCAAGUUGUCUUUUCCUGCACUUGUAAUACUUGUAAUAUCUAAUGUGUUUUCUUUUUUUUUUUAAGUUUUGGCUUUUAAUGUUGAUCCAGUCUCAAACAUUUAGUGGAGGCGUGCAUGUUAUUUUAUGUAAUGGUUGGUUUGGUACACAUUUAGCAUUGCGGUUUUGUGCGUUAACAAGACACUUCUAAAGGUCGGACGUUUCUUUUAAUGUGCAUUUCAAGUAAAUUUAGAAUUAUCUUUGGUUGUAAUAACGAGUUAGAGCAAUCCAUUGUACUGCACUUACUUUUCUCAAGAAGAAGUACCAAACUUUCGAUUUAAGCAAAACCUUGACUUUCUCAUAACUGUGUUUCAGUUAGAUUUCAUAUUUCUGAAUCUUUAACUAUUUUCUUAUCUUUGAUUUUUAUAUGAGGUUGGACUGACGAUAAACUAGAUUGAAAUCCAUACAUAAAACCUAUACUGAAAUACCCACCCCUUUGAUUCUGUUUUUAGUUAAAUGGCAUAGAAGACAAAAUCAGUGGAAUACUGUUCAGUUGCUAACAUUUGGAAAAUUGUAUGAUUAGCUUUUGUACGCAAGCAGAAUA